AUGUCAAGACUCACUAUCUCAGCAGGGCUAGCACUGCUGCUGUGUAUUCAGAUAGGUUCUGCCACCAAACUGGUGUGCUACUUCACUAACUGGUCCCAGUACAGGCCUGGCGUUGGCAAAUUCCUCCCAGAAAAUGUGAACCCCCACCUUUGCACUCACCUGAUCUAUGCCUUCGCCAGCGUCAACGAAGGUAAUGAGCUGGUCACCUAUGAGUGGAACGAUGAGACUCUGUACCAGUCUUUCAACGGCCUGAAAAAGAGAAACCCUCAGCUGAAGACCCUGCUGGCUGUCGGGGGUUGGGUUAAUGGAACCAGCCCGUUCAUCAACCUGGUGACCACGCAGGCAGGGCGCAACACGUUCAUACAGUCGUCCAUCCGUUUCCUGCGAGAGCACGGCUUUGAUGGGCUAGACCUGGACUGGGAGUACCCUGGGUAUCAGGACAGCCCCCCUGAGGACAAGCAGAGAUUUACAGCCCUGGUGAAGGAAUGUAUGGCAGCAUUUGAGAGGGAAGCCACAAGCAGCAAGCGUCCCAGACUGUUGCUUUCAGCUGCAGUGGCUUCUGGGAGGUCAAAGGUCGACAACGGUUAUGAGAUCCCGGAGAUCUCCAAGUAUCUGGACUUCAUCAGCGUAAUGACCUAUGACUUCCACGGAGCCUGGGAGAACAAUACUGGACACAACAGCCCUCUGUACCGUGGCCCCAUGGACAAAGGAGAACUCCUCUAUUUCAACAUUGACUCGUCUAUGAAGUACUGGCGCGAUCAGGGGGCACCUGUAGAGAAGCUGCUGGUGGGCUUCCCCACUUAUGGACGCUCCUUCCAGCUGGCGUCCAGUGCCAACAGAGUUGGGGCUCCUGCUGACGGACCUGGGGCAGCUGGGCCGUACACCCGGGAAGAAGGCUUCUGGUCUUACUACGAGAUCUGUUCUUUCAUCCAGAGUGCCACAGUCCACUGGAUCCCAGAGCAGAUGGUUCCUUACGCCACCAGAGGAAAAUCAUGGGUGGGCUUCGACAACAAGGACAGCUAUGACUACAAGGUCCAGUGGCUGAAGGACCAUAAUCUGGGCGGGGCCUUUGUUUGGACACUGGAUCUGGAUGACUUUGCGGGACAGUUCUGUGAACAGGGCCGUUACCCCCUCAUCAGCCACCUGCGCGACCGGCUAGGUCUUCCUCCUCCCCCCACCACCACGGCCCCUCCCCCCACCACUCCGGGAGAUGACUUCUGUGCCAGCAGACUGGACGGGCUGUACCCCAACCCCGCCGACCCCACCACCUUCUACCACUGCUACCGCGGGGAGACAUUCCUGCAGAAGUGCCAGCCAGGCCUGGUUUACGUAGACGCAUGCAAGUGCUGCAACUGGCCGUAGAGUGCUUGGGCCAGACCGGGCAGCACUCACUCCUGUCGAGGUCACUCUGACAACAGACAUCCCCCCGAGCCCCAGAGAUCGGCCUGCUUUCUUUGAAGUGGAACGACAAGGCAUCCCAAGAUACAAAGAUUAAACUUCUUUCAUUAGUCUG